CGUGGAAGUGAACGGAUGUUUAUGCAAAACUCAAAAGCUUUUCAAGGUCAGUUGGCAGUAGGCACGUGUGAGAUAGUGAUGUUGAAUAGAGACAGCAGUCAACCCAAGCGCACUAUCGCCAGGCAGACAGCCCGCUGUGCCUGCCGGAGAGGACAGAUCGCUGGCACCACACGGGCCCGGCCAGCAUGCGUGGACGCCCGGAUAGUGAAAAGCAAGCAGUGGUGUGAGAUGUCCCCGUGUUCAGAGGGUGAAAUCUGCGGACUGCUCUUCAAUCGCUCCGGAUGGACCUGCACCAAAGGAGGCGGCCGCAUUAAAACCGUCACGCCUCUGCCCAAGGAGCCAUCCUAAAGGACUUCAGAUUGCCGUGAGGAGGUUUGCUGACAUUCACAGGAGCGACGCCAAACAGGAAUCAUCCAUCAGCCCCCACACAUUUGUGUCCAUCCUCUCAUUUCGGAGCUAAAGAUAUCAGCUGCCCCUCUCCCCGUCACCCUCCAACAGGAAAUGGAAUCCGUGCGCCAUGGUUGCAGUCAGUCAAGCAUCUCUACAGUAACACCCAGGUCAUCGUCUCUCAGCUGGGGACAUUUUCUGUCAAACCUCGACAUAAUCGAACUGUUUAAGUUUUGAUCUCGAAAUACAUUAGCUAGGAGAACAUUUCACUCGCUUUCCAUCCAGUUAAACCGUCAGAGGAGACCGUCCGCGCACCUUUCAGACUAAAAUUACGUAAGUUCCUCGCAAAGAGCGGCGAGGCUGUUGCGUAACAAGCAUCUCGGCGGACCCCAACUGCGUCUUUCGGAGCAAGGACAUGUCGUCGAUGAAAGGCCAAGGAUGUGCAGAGACCUUUAAACGAACCGCAACGCUUUCUUAUGGAACUGGGAAGCAGCAGAUGACUGACGUGUCCUGUAGAUUUGACCUCACGCGGUUUGACCAUAUGGAUUGUGUGCUGUCUGAGAAUGGCAAUGCACUGAUGCCGUCAACUCUAAUCAUGGCUGAUUUAAAGAUUAGCAAACAAUGUGUGGAUGUCAUCUGUCCCUUCCUCUCUGGGGCGUCUCUUUCACUCUCUGCUUUAAAUGUCUGUCUCUAAUGGAUAUAUCAUUUCUAUCGAUACUUUAUUUUGACUGUAAAUU